AUGGACCCCUCAUCUCCGCAACACCCCUCUCAGGACUCCCCGAGACCGACCCAGAAUUUGUCCGCCGGUUCGCGGGCGAGUCUGAGCCAUCGACCCGCCAGUCGGAAGCAAAGCUCAGACUCUACAUCCAAUAAUAAGAAUGCUCCCAUUCCAGAUGAUGAACAUGGGGCGGAUAUGCCCCUGACCAUGUCCGCUUCGGUGGUGUUAACCAGCCUACCGCGUGAUGCCCAUCAAGCGCUGGCAGAUGCCGAGGCCGUUGAUAAGGGGAAAGUUACAGUCCGCUUCCAACCUCUGGCUUCAGCGCCCAUACUGAAAAACAAGGUUUUCAAAAUCAGUGCCUCCCAGAAAUUUGAGACUGUCGUCAAGUUCCUCAGAAAGAAAUUAGAUUGCAAAGAGACGGAUUCUGUUUUCUGUUAUGUCAAUAGCGUCUUUGCGCCGGGGCUGGAUGAGGGUGUCGGGGGCUUGUGGAGAUGCUUUAAGGUUGAUGAUCAAUUGAUUGUCUCAUACUCCAUGACGCCUGCGUUUGGGUGA